AUGGCCUCCACGACUUUCACUUCAGACCACUGCGAAUACCCGAUCCAAGAGCAUGGUGCUCCUAGACUGUCGCUGAAGGGCGAGGAGGCGCAAAAUGAGCGAGUACGUUUCGACCCCGCGAAGCACUUGCGAUUCCAGAUGCCCGACAAGACAUAUACACUCGACGACUUGAAAUAUGACACCAAACAGGCUGUAGGUCAUGUUGCGGCCACAGACCCAUUCCCUCUCUUUUCACGGGAGGCCAUCAUUGAGAUGCGUCGGGAGCUUUUGAGCGAGCGGACCAUCAAGAACUGCAUGACCUACACUCGACCUGGGUCGGUGCAGAUUAGGGGUGCUGCUCCUCAAUAUGCACCGUUCGUGUAUGAGGCCUGGACGCACCCCGAGACAAUCAAAGCCGUUUCAAAAGUCGUUGGCCUUCCAGUCAAAAUCAACAUUGCUCAAGAAAUCGGCCACACGAACGUUCAAUUGGGACCAGAUGGUUUGGAGGGUCUUAAAAAAUUGACACCAGAGCCUCUCCAGCCAAAGACGUCUGCGGACGGCAUUCAAGAGGAGGACAUCACCGAAGACAAAGACACAGAUGUGAUCGAGUGGCACAAUGACAUGUACCCAUGGUCGCUGGUCGUGUCGCUCUCUCUUCCCCAAGGCAAAGGUGGCGAGACUGCUUGUUUGUGCGGAGAUGGCUCGAUCAUCAAAGCUCCGAAACCCGAUGUGGGAUAUGGUGUCCUCCUACAUGGAAACGUUGUCAAGCAUAAGGCCGUCCGAGCAGUCGGUGCAGAGGAGCGGAUCACCAUGGUGUGCUCCUGGUGGCCAGCUGACCCUCUCUUGUAUGACGACUCAAAGAUCUCCCAUACGCGUGAUGUCUCGUACAAGCCGGAGAUGUACUACCAGUGGAUCACAUACCGUCUGGAAGUCUUAGCUGCUAGAUGUCUGGACCAGGCCAAGAAGCUCCACCAUAAGCACGAGAAUAAGAAGGACUAUUCUGAAGCUGUCAUCGACCCGCAGGAGUUCGCUGCAUGGGCGAAGGAGCAGGUCGCUUUCUUCGAAAGGACAUAUGAUCACGUCAAAUAG